GGAGGUACAGCCAACUCAUUCAGGCCGGCCAAAAUGAACGCUAAAGAAGAAAAAGUGAAAAUAAUCACCGAGGAGUUCCUUGAAGAUGAGGCGGAGGAGGGCCAACAGAAAAAGUUCUCCAAGGUGCCAAGGCAGAAGCGGAAGAAGCAGCUGCAGCCUGCUGGUCCCGGGGACAUGGCGUCGGACAAAGGCCAUCUUGGCAGCCAGCCAGAGCCAGACCUGGAGCCGGAACCGGAACCAGAACCAGGGCCUGGGGAUUCCAACGUGAGCCUGCUACACACAGCCCCCAGGCGAGGCCCCAGGAGUUUACCUCCAAUCCCUUCAGCUUCCAGAACAGGCUUUGCAGAAUUUGCCAUGAGGGAACGCAUGCGGGAGAAAUUACAAGCUGCAAGGUCUAAAGCAGAAAGCGCAUUGCUGCAGGACAUCCCCACGGCUCCGCCCAGGCGCCUGAGAAGUCCCAAGGAGAGGGAAGCAGAGACUGAAUUUGGCUCUGAGCCAGGGAAAGAGAUAGAAAGAACUCAACAAGAUGGCUCCCAAAGUUAUUCAAGAUUGAAGUUCCGUGACUCUGCACGAAAAAUUAAGUCUAGACCCUUGGUCCCACCUGGCUUCCCUUCUGCCGAAGAAGCCUACAACUUCUUUACUUUCAAUUUUGACCCAGAACCAGAGGAACCAGAAGAAAAACCAAAAGCCAAAGGUAGAUGUGAAACUACCCACGAGAAGGAAGAAGGAGAGGAAGAAGAACCAGCUGUUCAAGAAGAGGAUGAGGAAGAUCUGCAUGACAGAGAAGCUGAGGAUUCCCUCCUGGGUUUAGAUCAUAUGGCCGAAGAUGUUGUGGCCAUCAGACCUGCAGAAUAUGAAAGUGUCCAUGUUCGGCUGCAGAUGGAGAAAGAACUCCUGUUUGUUCCCAGUAGGACAGCAGUCCCGACCUACAAAAAGCUGCCUGAGAACAUGCAGCCACGCUUCCUCGAAGAUGAAGGGUUUUACAUCGGGGCCAGGCCGGAGGUGCCGCAGACCAGCCAGAACAUCAUGGAGAACAGACUGCUCGUGCAGGAGUCGGGGAGAAAAUGGUUCGGAGAUGAUGGCAGAAUCAUCGCCCUGCCCAACCCCAUCAAGCCUUUUCCUUCAAGACCCCCAGUGUUGCCCCCCGGGCACAGCACCAAGGCCGAACUUGAAACGCUGUAUAAAAAGGCAGUGAAAUACAUGCACCCCAGCCAGCAUCAGAUGGGAUCCAGAGACUCUCCUGGAAACUUCCAGCUGGACAUUGAUAUUUCGGGCCUGAUCUUCACGCACCAUCCCUGUUUCAGCCGGGAGCACGUCUUGGCAGCCAAGCUGGCCCAGUCAUAUGACCAGUACCUUGCGAGGCGCCAGAGGAACAAGACACAAUUCCUCACCGAUAAGCUUCAAGCUCUAAGAAAUGCUGUUCAGAUGGGCCUUCAUCCAGCAAAAAGUCACAAGUCUUCUGAGACACCCCCCAAAACCAUCCAGGAGUACAAGGCUGAAAUCUGGCAAACAAGAAAACUGCGUGAUGCUGAGCAAGAAAAAGAUCGAACACUACUGAAGACCAUCAUCAAAGUCUGGAAAGAGAUGAAAUCCCUUCGAGAGUUCCAGAGAUUUACCAACACACCCUUGAAACUUGUUUUGAGAAAGGAGAAAGUCGAUCAGAGAGCCGACCAAGACGCCUAUGAAGCGGAGCUCCGCGCCGAGAUCAGCGAGCGGCUGGAGGAGCGCACGGCCCAGUACGAAGCUGAGCUGGCCGAGUUCCGCGCCAUGCAGCAGCGGUGGAGAGCCUGGAAGAAGGCCCAGAGAGCUAAGAAGAAGAAGAGGAAGAAGAGGAAGAAGAAACAAGCGGGGGACGAAGCUCUGGAGCCACAUUCCGAGGAGGAGCCGGUGAAGCCUGUUCCACCGGAGCCCGUGGACCGGACAGCGGUGGAGCAGCAGGCCCGGGAGCGAGCCGCACAGACCAGGAGGAGGCCCGGGGAGCCCCUGCUGGUCCCCGAGCUGAGUCUGGCCGGCAGCGUCACCCCCAAUGACCAGUGUCCCAGAGUGGAGGUGGCACGCAGAGAGGACGUCAAGAGGCGCUCGGUGUACUUGAAGGUGCUCUUCAACAACAAGGAGGUGUCCAGGACUGACAGCCAGCCCCUCGGGGCAGACUUCCGUGUGCACUUUGGACAGAUCUUCAAUCUGCAGAUCUUCAACUGGCCAGAGAGUGUGACGCUGCAGGUGUAUGAAACUGUCGGACACGGGGGCACCACCUUGCUGGCCGAAGUGUUCCUGCCCAUCCCCGAGACCACCGUGGUCACUGGCAGAGCCGCUAUUGAGGAAGUGGAGUUCAGCAGUGACCUGCAGGUGGCGCUGGACCACGAGGGUGUUGGCAGUGGGGUGCCCUUCUCCUUCGAAGCUGACGGCAGCAACCCACUGAUCCUCAUGACCUCCGGGAAAGUGGCCAGCAGCGUGGCAUGGGCUGUCGGAGAAAACGGGAUCCCCCUCAUCCCGCCCCUGUCACAGCAGAAUGCCGGAUUCAGGAGCGUGUUGAAGAGAGCAGAUGCCAUCUCCUCCAUUGGGACAUCGGGAUUGACGGACAUGAAGAAGUUGGCCAAGUGGGCAGCAGAGUCCAAGCUUGACCCGAAUGACCCCAACAACGCCCCUUUGAUGCAACUGAUCUCGGUUGCGAACAGUGGUGAAUCCUAUGUCCCUGAUUUCUUCCGAUUAGAACAGCUCCAGCAAGAAUUUAACUUUGUUUCAGAUGAGGAAUUAAAUAGAUCCAAAAGAUUCCGACUUCUCUGUCUCAGAAACGAAGAGGUGCCUGAAUUUCGAAACUACAAGCCAGUUCCAAUGUAUGAUCGAGAAAUCAUGGAGAAAGUGUUUCAGGACUAUGAGAAACGGUUACGGGACAGGAAUGUCAUCGAAACCAAAGACCACAUCGAUGCCCACAGAGCCAUAGUAGCCAAGUACCUGCAGCAGGUUAGAGAAUCUGUGAUAAACCGGUUCCUGAUUGCAAAACACCAUUUUCUUCUCACCGAUUUAGUAGUAGAAGAAGAAGUCCCCAAUAUCAGCAUUUUGGGUCUGAGCCUUUUCAAGCUGGCAGAGCAGAAGCGACCCCUGCGGCCCAGGAGGAAGGGGCGGAAGAAGGUGACAGCCCAGAACCUGUCGGAUGGAGACAUCCGGCUGCUGGUGAACAUCAUCCGGGCCUAUGACAUCCCCGUGCGGAGGGCCAGCGCCAGCAAGUUCCAGCAGCCAUCGAGAGCCUCAAGGACUUUCAGCGACAGGCCUGUGGCCUCCCCAGUCACUCACAGUCCGACCCACGGCACUGACCCCAGCCUCGGCCAGGUUUUAGUACGUCCUUUCGUAGAAGUGUCAUUCCAACGAACCAUCUGCCACACAACAACGGCGGACGGGCCGAACCCCAGCUGGAAUGAGGAGCUCGAGCUCCCCUUCAGGGCUCCCAGCGGGGACUACAGCACGACCAGUUUGCAGUCAGUGAAAGACGACGUGUUCAUUAACAUUUUUGAUGAGGUGCUGUAUGAUGUCUUGGAGGAUGACCGUGAGAGAGGAAGAGGAAUCCACACCCGAAUUGAGAGACACUGGUUGGGAUGUGUGAAAAUUCCAUUUAGCACCAUUUAUUCCCAAGCCAGGAUCGAUGGCACCUUUAAGGUGGACAUCCCGCCCGUACUCCUGGGCUACAGCAGGGAGCGGAGCGUGGCCGAGAGGGGCUUCGAGCCCGCGAGGAGCCCGAGUGACGGCCCCUACCUCACCCUCUUCAUCACCAUGGAGCCGCAGCUGGUGCCGGGGGAGCCCAUUCGAGAAAAGUUUGAUUCACAGGAAGAUGAGAAAUUACUUCAAGCAACAGAAAAGUUUCAAGCUGAAUGUGCCUUAAAGUUCCCAAACCGUCAGUGCUUUACAACCGUGAUCGACAUCAGUGGAAAAACCGUUUUCGUUACACGUUAUCUCAAGCCUCUGAACCCCCCUCAGGAGCUCCUCACUGCCCACCCCAAUAACCCACAGGCAACGGCAGAGCUGGUGGCUCGGUACGUGUCUCUGAUCCCCUUCCUGCCUGACACAGUCUCCUUUGCUGGUGUCUGCGACCUCUGGAGCACCUCGGAUCAAUUUCUUGAUCUCCUGGCAGGAGAUGAAGAAGAGCAUGCGGUACUGCUGUGUAAUUAUUUUCUCUCCCUGGGGAAAAAGGCCUGGCUCGUGAUGGGAAAUGCUAUUCCUGAGGGGCCAACUGCCUACGUGCUAACCCGGGAGCAGAGUCACUACCUAAUAUGGAAUCCCUGCAGUGGGCACUGUUAUGAACAAUUCGAUACAUUCUGUCCCUUAAAAAGUGUGGGCUGUUUAAUAGGUCCCGAUAAUAUUUGGUUUAAUAUCCAACGGUAUGAUUCCCCACUAAGGAUAAAUUUUGAUGUCACCAGGCCCAAGUUAUGGAAAUCUUUCUUUUCAAGAAGCUUCCCGUAUCCCGGCCUUUCCAGUGUUCAGCCAGAAGAGCUCAUUUACCAACGCACGGAUAAAGCAGCUGCAGCUGAGCUCCAGGACAGGGUUGAAAAAAUACUAAAGGAGAAGAUCAUGGACUGGAGGCCCCGGCACCUGACGCGGUGGAACAGGUACUGCACCUCCACGCUGCGCCACUUCCUGCCCCUGCUGGAGAAGAGCCACGGGGAGGACGUGGAGGACGAGCACCGGGCCGAGCUGCUGCGGCAGCUGGGCGACUACAGGUUCUCAGGAUUCCCCCUUCAUAUGGCCUACUCGGACAUGAAGCCAUUGGUGGAAGCCGUGUACAGCACCGGAGUCCACAACACUGACCUUCCCAACGUGGAAUUCGCCUUAGCUGUGUAUAUUCACCCCUACCCCAGAAAUGUGCUAUCUGUUUGGAUCUAUGUUGCCUCCCUUGUACGCAACAGAUAGUAUUUUCACAGUACUUUUCAUAUCAUGCAGAAAUUGUAAUCAGGAUGAGAU